AUGGAGUCCGCGGACGCCAUCGAGCAGCCGGGGGAUCCCCCGGUCGCGCCGUUGUACAUGCGGGAGUCCGCCCAGGUGGCCGCCGUGUCCUUCGUCAUGUUCACCGCCACGUUCCUGGUGACCCAGACGGCGCCCAUAGGCAGGCCGAUCGGGGGCUGGUUCGAGCGCCAGCUGGGGAGAUCCCUGGACAAGAGGGCGCUGGACCGCACCGUCUCGGGCUUCGCCCUGCGCCUGGCGACGUUCCUGCACAACCUGAUCGUUAUCCCCCUCGCCCUGUGGGCGCUGCGGGACCCGGCGCUGUGGGAGGACGACCUGGCAGGCGUGACGCGCCUGUCGGAGGUGACGCUGGGCGUCGCGACGGGGUUUUUCAUCUUCGACGCCGCGGCCUGCGGGAUGCGGCUGAAGGAGGAGGGGUUUCAGUUCCUGAUGCACGGCGCCCUGUGCGCGCUGUUCUUCACCCUGACCGUGCUCACCGGGGGGUUCCACUUCUACGGCUGCGCCUACCUACUGUGGGAGCUCUCCACGGCGUUCGUGCACCUGAGGUGGCUGCUGUACAAGAUCGGCAAGGCGGACACCACGGCGUACGUGGUUAACGGCCUGACCAUGAUGGCGUCGUUCUUCGGGUGCCGAAUCGUCUGGGGCACCUACGUCUCGUACAAAUUCUUUGUGCUCAGCGCACUUUACCUUGGUGACCCUGCGCAGAGCCACAUGCACCUGACGUUCUGGGUGCUGAGGGGCGUGUGCGUGGGCCUCAGCGGCCUCAACCUGUAUUGGUUCGGCAAGAUGGUGGAGAAGGCCUUCGAGCUGCUGGCGCCCAAGAAGCCGCCCAAGGCCGUGCCCGUGAAGAAAGAGGAGUGA